AUGUCAAAGACAACAGAACAAUCCGUGAGAUUUGACACCGCCUCUACUCCGGUGGAGGUUACAGUCCUUCCCGUCCCAGCCAAGAUAAACGAGAAGACUUUCGAUGAGGAUGUUGAACGAGCUCUACGGUCCUCAGCUCCCAGAGUGCGCCCUGGGCCGAUCCCGUCCGGGAACUCGUCCUUGACUAUGAUCACUGGCUGGGCGGAUGACAUUGAGGGUUCGUCGACAUCAGGGGGAGGAAUAGUACAACAUUUCAAGAGAGAUAUAAAUAAAGCUGGCACCGAGAUACUAUUGAUAGCAUGUGCGUUUAUCUCUGGCGUUAUUGAUAGUGCCGCCUUUAAUGCCUGGGGCAGCUUUGCAAACAUGCAGACAGGGAAUGUUGUGUUCCUUGCUUUAGGCGUCUCUGGUCAACCGCCCACACCCCCAAACAGAUGGGCUAAGUCCCUGAUUGCCAUCGGAUCCUUUGCCAUCGGAGUCCUUUUCUUUAGAUAUGCUUCUACCUUUCUACGGCCGCUUCGACGAUCAACACUAGUGGCGUCAUUUGCCCUUCAGACCACUGCAAUCCUCGUCUCUAGCAUCCUGGUAGAGACAGGUGUAGUGGACUCAAGUAUCGAAGUUUCCACCCGCGGAGUCCACUGGAUCCAGGUAUUACCCAUCAGCAUACUAGCCUUCCAGGCCGCCGGCCAGAUAGUUACUUCACGAUUGCUCGGUAUCGACGAGAUACCAACUGUUGUCCUGACGACACUCCUCUGCGACUUACUCAUGGAUAAGAAGCUAUUUAGCAUCCGCCCACGAUGGAAACUAACGGACUUCCGCACCAGGCGCCUAUUGACCUUGCUAGCUGCCUUCUCUGGUGCCAUGCUUUCCGGCGGCCUGUCAAAAGUAAGCGGCUUAUCUGCUUCAUUGUGGCUAGCUGCCGGGAUAAAGUCAGCAGUAACCCUGUGCUUUAUCCUAUGGCGGGCAGAAAAGGACGAGAACUUUGGCGAUAAUUGA